AUGAGUAGGAUGCGAUCUGUGAGUACGACAAGGUCUGCCAGCAAUUACUCCCAACCAGAUCUGCGAGCGCACUUGAAUCGGAAGAAACUUGACCUUCGCAAACAGCUUGGUCCAAAGCAAGAGGAUCCAAUCCAAUUGCAGAUAAAUGAGCUGGAGGACAAGUUCAGGAGAUAUCAAGUGGGGGAAUUAGGGAAACUAUCUAGAUACGACUCUAACCAGGAGCUUAAGCUCACGGCUGCGGCUAGGGUUAGGAAUCUGGAUAGUAGCACGCAACUUACAGCCCUUCAGGCGGGGAUCUCUACUGAUCCAUUAGCCGCAAGGGGGGAGUUGUGGGAUGACUCACAAGGACGUCCAGUGAGAAGCAUCACUGAGUUCAACAAAAGGGCUCAGGUGUUCGUUCAGAAAGAAGAAGCCCGAAAAGAAAUGAAUCUGUUGAAAACAAGCUCAGGAAGCAAACCCAGUAAUGUUUCAACAGGUACUGUUUCCACAAGAACUGAUAACUCGGAGGCUUCUAGUUCGAAUGGAAAGGAUAGAGUUAAGGAGCCAUCGAAGGAUAAAAAGAAACAGAAGAAGCAUGAUAAGUAUGUGCUGGUGUAUACUAUUUAUACCGAGCUUAGUGAAACUCAAGAGAAUAUUUACCUCACACGUGAGCAGAAGGUAGCCUUCGGUAAGCCCGAGCCCAUGAGGAAUUCGAGGAGCAAGAAAGAUCCUAACAAAUAUUAUAAAUUCCAUAAGGAUAUUGGGUAUACGACCGACGAAUGUCGCCAAUUGAAAGAUGAGAUAGAAAGUCUCAUCCCUCAAGGCCAUUUUAAGCAAUGCGUGAAGAGACAGGUCCAGGGAUAUAACCAGCCCAGUCUGCCCAAUAACCCAAACAACCAGGGGUUACAACCUAUUCCCGUUGAAGGAGAGGACAUCCUGGCUAUUUCGGGAGGGCCACAUAUCGCAGGGGAAAAUAAUAACACCCAGAAAAGAUAUGUGAAAGAGAUAAGAAAUGAGCAGUCGGCCUUUGCACCAAAACAUUACAAAAAGGUGAAAACCGAGGAGCCUCCCAUUGUAUUCAUGGAGGAAGACAAGAAAAAUGUGAGGUAUCCUCACGUCGAUCCAUUAGUGAUUACCAUUCAACUUGCCAAUAAAAGGAUCAAGAGAGUGUUAACAGAUAAUGGGAGCUCAGUAAAUAUCCUUUAUAAGGAAACUCUACGUAAAAUGGGGCUCGAAAAGGCCAAUUUAAGGCCUUAUAUGGUGAACCUUUGCAGAUUCACAGGAGACAGCAUAGCUAGCCUUGGCAUAAUCAAGCUCGCAUUAACCUUAGGCGAGGCACCUUUAUUUGCUACUAUUAUGCAAGACUUCUUAGUUGUCGGCCUGCCCUCGGCUUACAACAUAUUGUUGGGUCGCCCAGCACUGAUCUGA